AGCAGAGAUAGCACAGGAUAUAAUCUUGAUAGUGGUCCUUAGAAGAGAGCCAGAAACGGUGUGAAGAGAGGAGUAGGGACGACUUGCUGCUGUGGACCUCCCUUCCUGCUGCCUCGGUAUAAGACCGCUGCUCUCCUGAAGCCCGUCCACUCAGACAGGAUGCCCUCCUUACACAGCCACCCUGCCAGGUCGCUGACACUCAAGGUGUUGUGUGUUCGGAUCUGCAUGUUCUACACCAGCCUGAGUCUGUCCGGCUGGCUGACGUCCUCGGAGGCCGCCAGGCUCCGCUGCGGUUCUGAACUCCUCAGCGACCUCAUCUUCGUGUGCGGCGACCGUGGGAUCUAUUUAGGUAAAGGUUCCUGGUCUGGUUACGGUGCUCGGCCCAGACGGAAAGGGAUCGUGGACCAGUGUUGCAAGUCCUCUGGCUGUGAACUUCACCACCUGGAGAUGUACUGCGCCACCCCAAAGAGCCAGAAUCCCACCACUUCCACUUCCACGACCACAAGCACGACCGCAAGCACAGGCACAUCCGCCACACUGCAAACCACAACUGCCCAAGACAUGUUCCAGGCGGUAUUUCAGAAGAGGCUCUUGGAAGAGGUGGGAGCUCCCAACAGUCCACAGAGGAAAACGUACAGGAAGAAAACGCAGCCUUUGCCUGAACAGAAAAGCAGAGUCUCUUUGGGACGUAGGAGGAAGAACAUGGAGAGCACGACGGAGCAACCUCCUUCAUCGACGGGGAGUCCCCUUUGAAUCCCACAGACGACGGGAUGGGUGGAGUGCAUGAACAAUUAAAACGUUACGUGUGAAAGAUGCAUCCCAAAGAAGUUCUCAUCCUAAGUGGGAGUGACAUUGAAAUGUUCUUCACAAAAUAGAUUAGAUGGCCGACGGAGAGUUGUCAUCUGAAAUGACUGUACUGAAGGUCCUGAGGUCCAGGACCAGACUGGACGAUGAUGGUGUUACCCCUGCAGCAGCGUAGUGACCAGAGAUGUCCCCACACAUUCACCGACACCUUCGUGGGCUUUGGGUUUUGAGUGGUUGAUUGUUGUAGUGAACAGUAUUUACUAUAGAUACAAUUUGUGGCUUUUAAUGUCUGACCUUCUGAUGUCAAUGUGUGUAACAAUAUUAUCAACCAGUGAAAGUUGAGGUUUGUUCUCGCUUCCUUUUCAGCCUUGUAACACUUGCUAGCUUCGUUGCACCGAGGACGUUCAGCAGGCCGACGGUCCUUCAGAGUGUUGAACUGUUUGGUGGGAGUUUUUACCUUACACGUUGGGGUGUUCUGUACGUGCCGGGACAAACGUUCAAGUCAAGGGCGUGGGGGCUUCAGCGCCGCAACGUGUUCACCAACAGAAGAGAAACAAAAGUCGGCACCAAAUUUCUAAGUACUUUCUUCAAAUACAUUAACUCAUCAGGACUGAUUGGGUACCAAAAAAAAUGUUGUUUUUGUUGGUAUCUGAUUAGCCAACCACUAGUCGGAACCAGCGCGUUGAAUUAUCAACCGAUCAACCAGUGCAUGUGUAGUAUCAAAUAUUUGGCUGCUGUGGCAACAAUGGCAUGUAUGUGUGUGUGUGGGUGUGUGUGUGUGUGUGCGUGUGUGUGCGCGCACACGUGAUAAAUGAAUGUGCAAGCAAACAUUUCAGCCCCCCCAGUCCUGGUUCGGUACCAGAAGGCCCUGUUCAGCUGCUAAAUGCCCCGCUGUGUUUGACGUGAGCACAGUAAGUUUGCACAUGUUUAGUUACAAGUCGGUUUAGCCACGUGUUAAUAUUUUACUUCAAUUCAUAUUUGUGAUCACUUUAUUCUUGUUUUACGCUCUUGCCGUCACAUAUUCACAGUUUCUGACGUGCCUUACGUGUUUCUGGACUUUAAUAUCCUCCAUCUGCACUUUCGACUGAAUGGCACCAAAGUUGUUUUUUUAAUUUUUUGUACCAAGUGAAUGGUACAUGUUAAGUAUUUCUUUUUUUUAUGUACCAG